GUAAAUAACUUUACAGUGUUGUGGGCAGGCAGGAACCCUAGCCGCCGACUGCCCCGUUUUCAUCUCCAGUACCAUUAAUCUGCAGGGUAUAUCCACAGCGCAAUCAAACUAAAACCCCAUGGCUCUGCGUUUUGUUCUUGAGAGGACGGUGAGAAUCAAAACUGGGUAUGUCAAUCCAAAGCUUGGAUUUUGGUUUGCCAGCAGCGCUUUCAAACCCCAGUUGUAUUCCUCUUUGCCGCGUACUGACCAUUAUCCUCUGUUUGAGGACAUUAUAGUUCCUCGCUUGGCUUCCCGUCGCCCCUUUCUUGGUGGAUGUGCCCUGUAUAAACCCUUAGACCAUCCUGAGAUUUUAAGGAUAGCUCAAAUCGCGGUUAAGCAGUACAACCGGCAGCAGGUACAUGCUUUGUUGUUACCGUUGUUGAUGUGACGGCAAGUGCCCGUC